AUGUGGAAAUCCGUGGUGUGCUUCGCAAUGCUGCUUGGUUGCAGCAGUGCAGGCACGGCAGCUUGGAGUGAAGAUAUUUCGGUGCACAAUAAUCAAGUGGUAACUGGAAUACACUACUCACAGCAUGAGUCUUCGGUGCAAGCUGCCCGCAAGGCUGCCGCAGAACGCUUGCAGCUCCAACAGGCAGCUCCUUUGGUAGCUAGUGGACCGUGUGACACAAUCUGUUACAACAGCUAUACGGCCGAUGCCGGGGAUACAGAAACCAUUGGACAGGGAACGGUCGGUUUCGCUCCUACCGUCGGAUCAUCUCAAAAGUACUCGUCUACUUCGUCCCGCCUUGAGUCAAGCGUAUCGAAUGUCCAGUCGGCCCCGAUCGUGUACUCAGGAUCGUCGACCGGAGCGAGAUCCAGCUUUUCUAGCUCGUCAGCCUCACGUCAUCAUAGUUCAAGUUUGAACGGUGCUGCCGGAGGUCAGCCGGUCCUUGCCCAACUGUAUACUCCUACUGUGGAUUCAUUCGGAAGAACGCAUUCGAAUGUGAUAGCGUCGGGUGCCAGCCGCGAGGGCACCUACGUUCAACCGAUAGUAUAUCCCGUCCCAGCACCUCAGACUCAUGCGUCUCAAACGAGCUUCAACGAACGAUCGAGUCAGGAACGCUCCGUAGUCAGCAGACCGGUCGUAGCGAACGUCGUCUACACUGCCGUACCUGUUGGAGGUGCUUCCCAUUCGAGCAGUAACUUCAAUGCACGCUCUAGCUUUAGCAACGCCGACCAACAGCAGCAUGUUCAGCCUGUCUACCCGACAGCGAACAACGACUAUUCGCGACAGUACGUCGCAUCCCAGCAUCAGGAUCUCCAUUACAGGCAAUACCCAUCAAAGCCCACUACCUACGUGGUAUACUCGAAACCUCAAUACUACGCUUCCGGUCAUUCGCGAGUUCAGGAUGCGGCGACGUCUCAGACAACCUACGACUCAGCUGGACGUGUGGUGAACCUGAACCUUGUCCAGCCAACUGUGCACUCGGAUCGUGUAGAUGAUCAUCGCACUCGGCAGCGAAUUGACUCGACUCAAACGGUUCAGCGCCAGCAGGAUCUUUACCCGGUCCGGGGAGCCUUUGACCAUCAAGAGCACGACACACAGGACAACUUAGAGCUCGACGCCGAAAGUAACAGCACAGUGCAGGCCUAUUCUUCUGACUCGGUUGCAACUGCCCGGCGUCGUGAACAGGCUGGAAGUGUUCGCACCGGAACGUCGUAUGUUUCCAACGCUGGGUCCACGAACCGGUACGAUAACACUGCUCAGUCUUCUGAUAGCCAGCGACGUGUGACACAUCACAGAACACAAGAGUACGUUCCUACAGUGACUGGCUCCAAGUACGAAAGUGCCUCCGAACAGGAACAGCGUCAUGUUACCUCACAUGGAGGCAACUCCUACGUUGCCCCUAUCGUAGUCCAAGCGGUGCCUCAAGCCAGUACCGCAAGUCGUUAUUCCUCUUCAUCUUCCAGCUCUGCUCAGGAACAUCGGGCAAGCUCUUCCCCCGGGACGUACUACACCGCCUCCGGUUCGGUGCCAUCCUAUGUUUCACAGUACUCUAACUCGGCACACUCGAACAGUCGCUACAAGGCCCAGCAAGGUGGUAGCCACGUUUAUCCGAUCACGAAUGACGAGAUGGGUCGUCGGUUUGGUGCGACUGGCGGAGCGGGUGGUUUUGGGGCCGAUACGGAUCUGCACGACAUUAUGAGUGAGUCCGAAACGCUAGCUCGCCUGCAGGCACAGAAUGUGCACAACGGCGCCGUGACUGGAAGUGCGACGAUCGAGAUGGACUCGCGAUUCGGUGGAGGUUCCGAUGCAAAUUCUCUUGGUAAGCUGCCUGGCGGCUUCCAGCGUACUAAAUCGUGGUCCAGCAGCUCCAAGUGGGCCUCGGAACAGCGAUACGGGGACGACGGCAAACCUAAGAGCUACAGCAUGCUCUCGACGGCCGAAAGCGAGAAGCACAACAUCAACGGCAAGACCACGGGAUACAAGGCGGCCACCACGACGCUGGAGGACGAUGGUAAAGUGAGCACGUACAGUCUGCAUACAACGUAAUUGUGGUUCUAGCUUUAUUAAUGUAAGAUUCCAUUCGUUGUGUGUUGAUUAUUUUGUUAAGAUCGUUGUUCUGAACGUCCCGAGACGUAGUCGAUCGGACAUUAAUUUAUGUAACGUUUAAAAAAAUUGCUCAAUA